AUUCCUCCUGAAUUGCUCAAUAGACUCAAGUCAUUUGCGUUAUUCGAAAACGCCCCGAAAUCUUUUUUGACUGCCCUGGGGCGUUCCCUGAAACCAGUGCAGUACUUUCCACAAGAAUACAUCGUGAAGGCUGGCGAACAAGCCAAGGCGAUGUAUUGGAUUCUAAGAGGUACAGUGGGUGUUACAUCCACUGACGGUGAAGCCUUGUAUGCAGAACUAGCUGCAGGCUCAUUUUUUGGUGAGAUUGGUAUUCUUUUCAACAGACCGAGAACCGCUACGGUGGUGGCCAGAACAAAGGUGCUCUUGGGGGUCCUCACCAAGGGUGCAUUAGGGGUUGUUUUGUCAGACUAUCCCAAGAUCGAACGUUUGAUUAGAGACGAAGGUCAGGAACGUCUUGCAAUGCAGGAGAAGCGAAAACAAAAAACGAAAUCAUCCGCAAAUCUUCUUUUCCAGAGACGUGAAAACUUAUCAGUACCUUCGAACGGUAGUAUCGAUAAUUCUAUCUCUGUUAGAGAAUUUUUGGGUGGCCUACCUAUUUUCAAAUCUCUACCGUCGGACGUGUUCCAUGAACUUGCUCUCAAGGUGGAGAUCAAAGAUUUCAAACCAAUGGAAUAUAUAUUCAAAAAGGGAGAUGCCGGAAGAGACAUUUAUUUUGUUGUGUUUGGGGAAGUUGAAGUACUAGAUGCUGAAAAGGCUAGCCAUAUAGUUGCAAGACUAGGAAGUGGCAAAUAUUUCGGUGAGAUGUCAUUUUUGUCUUCUCUACGUGAUGAUCAUGAUUCCUCUAAGACUGAGACGAGAUCAGCAGAUGUUCGUGCAGUUUCAGAAUCUGAAGUGCUUGUGGUCAAAGGCAACAUAUUAGAGGAUCUAUGUAAACGUUAUCCGGUUGUUGCAGAAGACAUGAAGUUCACUGCGUGCGAGAGGUUGAAGAAAAACGAUUCCAUUGUGGAAAUGAUUCAUUCUGCCGAAACUUCUCCUCAUGAUCGAAAUAUUGUAUCUUCCUUGACUGAGGACAGCGGAGAAAAACCAAUAUUUCGGAGCAUCUCAUGGUAUAAUGAGGAAUGUGCAUCAGCACCUCCUAGCCCUCAUGAUUCCGUCAUGACGCCAUACUACGGAGACUCGGUGAGCACAACGGGAACACAAGACCUAGCGAAAUUAAACAAUUUAUCAGCUCCAUCUUUGCUAUCUGAUAGACAUUCCAAGCCCGAGAAACCAACUAUUCAAUUGUACGUGCCAUCACCCAAUCCAGUCUCAGGAUCGCUUUACAAAUUUGGAAACUCGCUUAGACCUCCUUUUCAUUAUACGCCUCACGAUCACCGUUUACGAUUGUUAAACAUCAACAAUGGCCGCCGCCGAUCUUCUGUUUUAUCUUCAGGCCCCUUUCCGGACUCCAUAUUUAUCAAAAUCUUCAAGUAUCUCGAUUUACCCAAUUUGAUGAGAUUCGCCACAGUUUGCAAGAAAUGGAAGCAGCUUUUAUACCUGGGACCAGAUUUGAUAAAGACUCUCGAUCUAACGCCGUGGAAACGAGAUCUUACAGACAAUGCUCUUAUUCAGAUUACAAAUUUUGUUGGACCCCGCCCUGAAGUGAUAAACGUUUCCAGUUGUUUCCACAUCACAGAUGCCGGUUUUUGUUAUAUGAUCAAUGAAAUUGGAAUACGGGGGCGCAUAAAGAAGCUCUAUAUGAGCAACAACUGGAAUAUUUCCGCUAUGUCUAUUAUGGAUCUGAGCAUUGUUGCUAGGGAACUAGAUUUGAUCGACUUCUCAAACUGUCCAAAAGUUCGCGAUGAUGUCAUUGAGAGGUUGCUUACACCACACGGAUCCAAAUAUGGCUGCCCGAAUUUGCGGAACUUGAAUUUGUCUUACUGCAAGUACCUGACAGACAGGGCAAUGUACCAGAUCGCCAAUAAUGCCUCGCAACAAUUAACGUCGCUGAAUCUUACCAGAUGCACUACAAUCACAGACGGUGGAUUCAUGUUUUGGUCACAAACACGGUUUCCUAAUUUGAAGAGGCUUGUAUUACGAGAUUGUACCUUUCUUUCAGAUGCUGCUAUAUCCCAUUUAUCAGUUGCAUGUCCCAAUCUAGAAGACUUAGAUCUCACCUUUUGUUGCGUUUUGACAGAUAACUCGCUUGCAAUGUUAUAUCUUUAUUGCAAGUAUUUGAGAUCUUUGAACCUAUCAUUCUGUGGGUCAGCAGUCAGUGAUAACUCGCUAGCUUCGAUAUCUCGCUUGCCUUGUUUAGAAAAUCUCUCUUUGAGGGGAUGUAUCAGGGUCACUCGCCAAGGAGUCGAUAAGAUUUUAUCAAAUCUCCAGAAUUUGAAGUUUUUAGACCUGAGUCAAUGUCCAAGGGUGGAUACGUACCAAGGUAAGGCCGUAGAGCCCUUUGAAAAGCAGCCAGGCUCCAGGAACGCUUACCUUAAAAUUGCGCCAUAUCGACGAAUUAUUCAAGUAACAUUAUAA